AUGAUAGCGGCACUUUCACGACUAGCUAGGCAGGAUUACGGGCUAAGUGGAAAAGCGCCUCGCACCGUCUACAAGAUGAGUGUGGAGCGUGCUAUCUGCUAUGCCUAUGGCGUUUGGUGGAAAGACACCACCAACGUUAGUCAGAGUAAGACAUUACUCACAAUCCAGCGUCCCGCUGCCCUGCGGAUCACGCGUGCAUACAGAACUGUGUUGACAGAUGCGGCCCUGGUCUUGGCCGGGCUGCUCUCUUUGCCUCUGGUCGCCAGCCAAAAGGCAGCCUUCUACAGAACAACAGUGGAAGGUAGAGAAACCAUGCAUUGUAAUCAGAAUACAGGUGUUGAAAUAUACACUGAUGGCUCAAAGGACGGCAGCUUGGUAGGCGCCGCAUACUGCGUCGACUCUGACGGAGUUGAAGUGUACUGUAGAUCGGUGAGAUUGAACGAGGAAGCGACCGUGUUCCAGGCGGAACUGGUGGCCCUAGAGGGGGCGUCCCAGUGGAUCCUACUACAUCUGGGUCCGGAGCCGGUCACGGUUUACUCGGAUAGCCAGUCGUCGUUACAGGCAUUGAGCGACGGGUACCAUCGUGACCCAUUGGUACAUGAGAUCAGAGGUAGGGUACUGAGGGCAAGGCACGCGCGACACGUUACCCUGUGGUGGGUAAGAGGCCACACCGGUGUCCUGGGCAACGAACGGGCCGAUCAGCUGGCAAAAGCGGGAGCCAGUGGCCCAUUUGUUACGAGGAUGGUUGAUCCCUCGACUACAUACAUAAAAAGUACUCUACUGCAAAAAUCGAUGACAAAUUGGCGAGAGCGCUGGACUCUAAGUACAGUAGGUAGGCCAACCUACACCUUCGUGCCUGUAGUUGGCCUCACUCCGAAUACUCCCAAAACUGANAGGCUGAAACAUUUCUAUGUGAAGAACAAUUUGGAUUCAGAAAAGGAAAAGGAACAAGGGAUGCCAUUGGCCACUUGA